ACUGUAUUUCCCAUUAUAUACAGUACACUCUUCAUCUCUCUGUAAAAAGAAAGGUCAAUCGGAGAUGGUGGCUAACAACUGUGACGGCGUCACCAUCAACAAAUCCCAACCACCACAUGCGCCGCCAUCAAUCCAAAUUUCGCCUACCGGAUGUAGACGAUCACCAAGACUAGUUGGCUGCAGUAAUUCCGGCAAGGGCAUUCCUGUAAAUUCCGACAAAACACCGGUUAAGAAGAAGCAAAAGGUUGAAGCUGUUUCUUGUUCCGUCAGUGAAGUUUCUUUCUUCAUCGGUGAUCCUGUUCCUGAUGACGAGGCUCGCCGGAGAUGGCCUUGGCGUUAUCAUUCUCAGUCUCAGGAACUCAAUAAUAAACGACGCUAUCCGAACACCAAGAAUGACGAUGACGAUGAUGACCAGUUAGUUUUAAAUGUAAAAUGUCAUUAUCUACAAGCUAAGAUUGAGGGUAAGGUCUUUGAUCUUGGUGAUUGUGCAACUGUGAAGGGUGAAGAAGGGGGCCAUAAUCAUGUUGGUAGGAUACUUGAGUUUUUUAAAACAAAUGAUGGUGAAGACUAUUUCCGAGUUCAGUGGUUCUUUAGAGCUGAAGAUACGGUAAUAAAGGAUGCAGCAGCAUCUAACAACAAGAAACGGUUGUUCUACUCCACCUUAAUGAAUGACAAUCCGUUAGAUUGCAUUGUCUCCAAAGUGAAAGUACUUAAAAAACCACCUGGUGUAAAUUUGAAGUCUAUUUCGCCAUGUGAUUUUUAUUAUGACAUGCAAUACAACAUAGAUUACUCCACCUUUUGUACAAUUAAAAAUGACGUUUCUUCAGAUCAUGGCAGUUUGUCCCCAUCCUACAACGAGGAAAUCCAUAGUAAUGGAGUCGUAAACCAUAAUUCGAAUGAAACUAUAGCUAGUUUAGAACCUCACAAAUUAGAGUUGACACUAUUAGAUUUGUACUCCGGCUGUGGUGGAAUGUCAACAGGAUUGUGUUUUGGAGCAAAGCUAUCUGGUGUAGAUCUAUCCGCUAAAUGGGCUGUAGAUGCUAAUAGUUGGGCAUGUGAAAGCUUAAGAUUAAACCAUCCAGAGACACAAAUUAGAAAUGAAUCUGCUGAGGACUUUCGUGACCUUAUAAAGGAGUGGGACAAGCUAUGCCAAAAAUUUGCGGACAAGAAGGAGGAAACACAAGGUCAAGAUUUCAUGUGCACUGGAUCACCUGAUAACAUUAUACCCUCAAAAGCUGACAAUAGGGUGUCCAAAGAUGAAUAUGAAGUUGAAAAAAUGGUUGAUAUCUGUUAUAGUGAACUUGGUGGAACUAGCAAGCGUGGACUCCAAUUUAAGGUGCGCUGGGCUGGAUAUGGUCCAAGUGAUGAUACAUGGGAGCCAGUCAAGCAGUUAAGCAAUUGUGAAGAAAAGAUCCGUGAGUUUGUUCAGAAGGGAAUCAAGGCAAAAAUAUUGCCACGUCCGGGUGAUGUUGAUAUCAUAUGUGGUGGUCCUCCAUGCCAAGGAAUAAGUGGUUAUAACCGCCAUAGAAACUGGGAUUCUCCUUUGGAAGAUGAAAAGAAUUAUCAAAUUGUAGUCUUCAUGGAAAUCAUCAAAUUUUUGAGGCCAAAAUACAUUUUGAUGGAAAAUGUUGUGGAUAUAUUAAGGUUUGCAAAUGGUUGCCUUGGUAGAUAUGCAAUAAGUAGCCUGGUUGGUGAAUAUUAUCAAGUAAGGCUCGGGAUAAUUGCAGCUGGUUGUUAUGGUCUUCCCCAAUUCCGCUUGCGUGUAUUCUUGUGGGGUGCUCAUGCUGAUGAGCAUUUGCCACCAUUUCCACUUCCUACUCAUGAUGUGAUCUUAAAAUAUGGGCCUCCAAUUGGAUUUGAGCGUAAUGUUGUUGCUUAUGAUGAAGGGGGAUCCCGGAACCUUGAGAAGUGUGUUCUUCUUGGAGAUGCCAUAUCUGACCUCCCACCGGUCUCAAACUCUGAAAGUCGUGAUGUAAUGAAGUACACAAGUGCUCCAGAAACGGAGUUCCAAAAGUUUAUUAGAGCUUCCAAGUCUGAUAUGUUGGGCAUUGCUACCGGAAGUUCUUGUAAGGUAGAGAAGUCUGUACUACAUGAUCACCGCCCUUUUGAAUUAAAUGAGGAUGACCAUCUACGAGUUUGCCGUGUCCCAAAAAGAAAGGGAGCAAAUUUUAGAGAUCUCCCAGGUGUUGUUUCUGAUGAUGAUAAUGUUGUAAGCAGAACACCUGACACUGAGCUCAUGCCAUCUGGAAAACAUUGGGUCCCCGAGUAUGCAAUAAAUUUUAAUGACGGGAAAAACACAAAAUCUUUUGGACGUUUGUGGUGGGAUGAGACGGUUUCAACUGUGCUAUGUAUGCCAAAUUAUCGUUCUGAGGCAAUUUUACAUCCAGAACAAGAUAGGUGCCUCACUAUUCGCGAGAAUGCAAGAUUGCAAGGGUUUCCUGACUUUUAUGCAUUAUGUGGCAGCGUGAAAGAAAGAUACCGUCAAGUGGGUAAUGCAGUGGCAGUCCCAGUUGGACGUGCAUUAGGUUAUACACUGGGAAUGGCAGUGCAAAAGUUGACCGGAAAUGAGCCUCUCUUGACUCUUCCAGCAAAGUUUGCACAUUCUACAACCUUAGAGCUGCUACAUCCCUCAUUAGCAACCAAACCUGAAGUCCCUUGAUAUAUGCCGUUUAAUUGUUGUGACUAAUUCGUAAACCACCAUAUUUUGAUGUCGUUUGCGUCCAUGAUAUGGGAUGCCUGAAUUAGGGUCAUUAGCUACAACAUAAGCUUAAACUAGACCUUUAGGGCUUUAGGUUCAGUUGUCAAUAUCUUGUAAUACACUUUUGUAGUUUUGUAUCAAAGGUAUGAUCUCCUUUGUUAUAUGAUCAAAUAUUUAAAUCGUUCAUGAAGAA